UUUCAGGUUAAGGAAAAUGUCAAUAGAUUCAUUAUCAAAAAUCCAACCAGAUCUGCUAAUGGUUGAUAGUUUAAAGCAGAUAUCACAUUCGAUUCCACUUGACGAUAAGAAGUCAAUGAAUCAAUCUGCAGUUGUAUACAAAAAAGAUUUGAAAGCACCCAAACAUUUGGUGACAAACCGGAAUGAUCAUGAACUAUUAAGCGAACAUUCUCGAAUGCGCAGAACUGUUGCAAAUGUUAUCGAUGAAUGUCGUGCAGUUGGUGGAAAUGCAUAUGCUGAGCAUUUCGUGAGAGAACUGAAAGCAGCGUCUCAGAUAAAUCGUGGACCUCCAGGAAUAUCACAUGGUUCGCAUUUGCAUUGGGAUUUGUUGCUUGGGAAAGAUGAGACAAUCGAGCCGUGUGAUUACUUGAAUUUUGAUUAUACUGCUAAAUUUUGACUGAAUGAUAUUGAACUGUUAUCAGUAUAAAAUCUCAACUAUGUGUCAGACAUUAAAGAAAGCUGAAAUUAUUUAAAUUUAAUGCCUAACUGUUAACUACUUGUAUAACCGCUUCAGAAAUAAUCAUCUGCAGCCUGCAGUUUUCAAUAUACAUGAUUUCAUUCGUUUAACGUACAUGAUUUCAUCUCUAUGAUUUCACUAGUAGUAAUU